GCUGCUCGUGAGCAGCCCUCCUCACGUUCAAAAUCCACCAUCACCCGUGGCCACAGUUGCAUCGCCUGUGCUCAUCGGAAGGUGCGCUGUGAUGGCCAAAGGCCGUGUUCAACCUGUCGAAAGUCCAACACUCAAUGUCUUUCAAAGCCUGUGCAACCUGCCCGAGCCAGGCGCGCUAGAAGACCUCGAGACUCCAUCGCCAUGCUAAGUACUACCCCUAGCAGCCCGCAAAUUGUCGAAUCCAAUGUUUCCGAGCACGUGAACGAGCGAGGUCACUCGCGCUAUGUCGAAAAGCUUUGCUUACGCUUCAUGCAGCUUACUGACCAGGAUGAACUGGAUCCGGACGUCGAUCUUUCCCCUGGCCCAAGUCCAAGUUCGCUACUCGGCGAAGGGCUCAUCUUUGGGCCAUCUGUCGUCAAUCUCUCUGAUCGACAUCCUAGUCCAAGCCGCAUUAUCUGGCUUUGGUCGACUUAUCUCGAGAACGUGAAUCUUCUGGUCAAGAUACUACAUGUUCCGACUGUCCAGCCUCUAAUCCUGAAUAUGGCAUCUGACCCAAGUAGACCGAAAACAAAAGAAGCCCUUCUGUUCUCCAUAUAUUUAGCCGCUAUUUGCUCUAUACCUCAAUGCGAUCAAGCUNNGGAAGCCGAAAGGAUCAUGGGUCAGCCGAUCAGUGAAUCGAUUGUGUUGUACACUGGACUGGCCCAGCAAGCUCUGAUCAAUGCACGCUUUCUGCAAACCCCCAACUUCNNCCUCACACUUCAGGCCCUGGCACUCUUUCUAGUCGCGCAGCGAGCUCGAAUCGAUCCUCAAACAAUGUGGCAAUUGACUGGCGUGGCUAUCCGUAGCGCCCAGCAGCUGGGAUACCAUCGAGAGAAAGCACUUCGAAGCUCAUCUGUAUCUGUGUUCCAAGCCGAAAUGCGUCGACGCUUAUGGUGGGAGUUGACGUUUCUCGAAAGCUUUGCUGCUAAACAAUGUGGCGUCACCUCGAUGAUCUCUUCUCGAUCCCUCUGGGAUACCGAUCGACCCCUAAACGUCAACGACUCAGCUCUCCACCCGGAAAUGCAAGAUAUUCCUAGAGACGCCCCUGGCAUAACGGAAAUGAGCUUUUGCAGUGCUCGAUUCGAGAUCGGAGUGUUAACCAUGGCAUACACUUAUCCUGAAAAGUCGCUGCAAGAUACUCGUGAUGUAGACGCCGCUAUCGAAGAAUUACAGCAGCGUCUUAAAAAUAGGCUCUUGAAGUAUUGCGACCCUUCCAUCCCAAUGCACAAACUGUUGCAGUUGUUUUGCAAAGGCGCUAUUGCACGCAUCAGAUUGACGGUACGACGACACCAGAUGUUUUCCAAGUCUGGGUUAUCUCUAGAUCAACGAGACAGUACUUUUUUGCUUUGUCUGCAAUUGGCCGAAGCUCCCAACAGCUUUGCGACAGAUAAGACGAUACAGAAAUAUCUCUGGCAGGCCAAUGCUUUCUUUCCAAUAGACGCAUUCAUGUUCUUGCUGGGAGAAAUCGCUUAUCGGACCAUCGAGCAACCUCUUCCAGUGCCAUUGAAGACUGUAUGGACGGAGAUAGAGAAGGCAUACGAGCAUCAACCACGUCUCUUAUACGACGAAAGUAAUGCCAUUUAUAGUGCGGUCAGGAACCUGUCUCUCAAGGCCUGGGAGAAGUCCAGUGGUCAAAAUGCUGAGCAAGCUACACCUCACUUCAUACGUAUUCUCCAGGCGAGGCUACCUACUACUAGCACUUCUAGAGAAGCGGCGCAUACAACUGCUCAAAACGUGCCCACGGAAGACGAAACCGACACGAACACCUUUGAUGGAAGCGAACUUAACUUUGAUCUAGACAGCUUGGACCCGAGCUGGAGUAAGAUAGCUAUUCCAAACGAUCCAGAAUUCUGGGAGUACUGGCAGCAGUUUGCUGCGGAUAUGCCUGGAUUGUCUACCACU